CCGUGGCCAAGUGAGCUCCGCCGGGACGGCCCGGGACCGCCGCUGCCGGGACCCCGCGGGCUCCGCUCCGGAGGGAUUGGGGGGCGGGAGGCUCCUCCCGGCGGAGCCCCCCGAGGGCGCCUGACCGCCCGCCCUGCGCUCCCUCCCUUCCCCGCAGAUGGCUCUCCCGCUGCCGCUGCCGCUGCUCCUCCUGGCCGCCGCCGCCGCCGCCGCCGCCUGGUCGGGCUCGCCGUCGUCCAAGUUCGCCAUCGACUUCCUGCCGGGGCUGGCCAAGCAGCCGGCCUUCGAGCAGUACACGGGCUACCUGAGCGUGGACGGAGACCAGCACCUGCACUACUGGUUCGUGGAGGCGGAGGAGGCGGAUGCGGAGAAGCCGCUGGUGCUCUGGCUGAACGGGGGUCCCGGCUGCAGCUCCAUCGCCGGCCUUCUGAGCGAGCACGGGCCUUUCAGGGUCCAGCCAGAUGGAGUCACCUUGAAGUACAAUGACUAUGCCUGGAAUAAGCUCGCUCACAUCCUCUACCUGGAGUCCCCAGUCGGUGUCGGCUACUCCUACUCGGAUAGCCAACACUACCAAACCAACGACACAGAGGUGGCCCGCGUCAACUACCUGGCCCUGAAAGAGUUCUUCAACCUGUUCCCGGAGCACCUGCCCAAAGACCUCUACCUGGCUGGAGAGAGCUAUGGCGGGAUCUACAUCCCCACCCUGGCCCAGUGGGUCAUGCAGGACGCCAGCCUCAACUUGAAGGGCCUCUCGGUGGGCAACGGGCUCUCCUCCUACGAGACCAACGACAACUCCCUGGUCUACUUCGCCUACUACCACGGCCUCCUGGGGAACCAGCUCUGGGGCGACCUGCAGCGCUUCUGCUGCUCUGGAGAAAAGUGCAACUUCCACAAAAACCCGAAUCUGAACUGCACGGCUGCUAUGAUGGAGGUGAUCCACAUUGUGGACGAAUCCGGCCUCAAUAUCUACAACCUCUAUGCCCCCUGCGCUGGGGGGGUGCCGGGGAAAUUCAGCUACCUGGAUGGGACCCUUGUGACUCACGACCUGGGCAACCGCUUCUACUGGCACCCCCUGCGCAGCCUUUGGAGGGAGGUGAGCAGAAGCGGCCGCUUGGGGCGCGAGGACGGCCGGGCUGGCCUGGGCACGAGCCCUGCUGGGGAAGAUGGGUUGGGGGGUCCCUGGGGACGCCCAGGAGGGGUCUCGUUCAGGGCGGGAGACUCUCUUGGGGACACAAGCCACCUUGCUAGAAACGCCCGACUGACACGGCCCGAGAAAGCAGAGCGAAGGUUUUGUGCGCUUCUGUGGGCCCCCUCGACACCCCCCACCCCCCAAACUCGGGCAGCCGUGGAUUUAAGUCAAUUCCCCAGAACCCAGGAGGGGGGGAGGGGGGGAA